AUGUCUGCGCCAACAAGCCCCUUUUCCCCAUCCCCCUCUGGCUCGGACUGGACGCCCCUCGUCUGCGUCGUCGACUUCCAUCAUGCCCGCGGCCCCGAGGUCGAGCGCUGGUUUGGUGUCGAGGAAGGCUUCGAUCCUGCGGUGGCAUAUGAUUGGGGCUUGCUGCCGUUCAUGGCGCUGAGUGAUGGCGCGCAUGCGUUAACCGAAGAAUUCUCCUACUUCACACUCCUCCGCCCCUCUUCCUCUUCCAGCCCAGCAACCUCUCUCUUCGGCAUAGCCUGCACCCGCCAAAUCGAUGCUUCGCAACUCAUCCACCGCCCGGCGGACGUCACUCGCUCAACCGUCCAAAAAGCGGUCGUCGUGAUAGCCGACAGCCCCGCGCAGUUUGGCAUGCUCCGCGAGCGGCUGAGCGUGGUGACCAAGGCGUGGUUUGCGCAGCGCGAGUUCGGGGACGUGGAGAUUUUGAAAAGGUUUCAGGAGAGUUUGGUCGAUGAGGCGGUGAGGGAUCGGAAGUUGAGAGAGCAGCGAGGGAAUGGGGAUGGAGGGGGAGGGGAUCAGCAGCAUUUGGGGUUGAGUCUGAGGGAGCUGGUGAGACAGUUUAGAUGGCAGACGCUUGUGUUGUUGAAGGCGGCUUUGCUGCAGCCUAAGAUGCUCUUCUUUGGCACUCGCUGCGAGCGGUUGUGUCUGACGCAGUUUUCCCUCAUCUCGUUGAUUCCCGGGCUACUUCGUAACUUGCAAGACUCGGCUGGUCCCGAGCUGCACAGCUACGAGCAGAACCUUAAACGCCCCGAAGGCGUCAAGACGAGCGAUCGGUCAUCGCUGCUGGCGUAUAUGGGCUUUCCGCUGCAGAUCUUUGGCAAGGGCAGCCUGUUCGGCCCUUACACCCCCCUACAACAACUCGACCUGCUCGCGGAUUUUGGCACGAAAUCCUAUAUCGUCGGCAGCACCAAUUCGCUGCUCCUCCAACAAAAAGACCGCUACUCUGACAUCCUCAUCAACCUCGACGAAGGUACCAUCAACAUUACCUCGCCCUCUUUGCGCACCGCCCUGUCCCUUUCAACCCCCGAUCGCCGCUGGAUCGACUUCAUCACCCAGAAUGUGAACGACACCUGGGACGACGCCAACCCAAGCCGGCCCAAGACCAUGGGGUAUGCCGGCAGCGAGGAGUUCAUCCGGCUGCAGUUCGAAGAGUACUUGCUUUCACUGGCAUCCUGUGUCAAGUACCGCGCCCAUCUGGCGAAGCACGCCAAUAACCCGCGCAUGCUCCUCCCCGAGAUAGAAGGCGACCCCUCCACGGAUUUCAACAACGACUUUAUCGAAGCCUGGCAGCGCACCGACAAUUAUCGCAUCUGGAACUCGUUUACGGACUCUCACCUCUUCGACAUCGUCGAGCCCCGACACCCGUGUGCGGGGGGUCUGACGCUGGAGGAUAUCCAGCGCCGAUUGGCGCAGCAGGUGCAGGAUUUGCAUUUGGAUGAGCGGUUUGCGCAGAGUAGGGAGGUGCUGGGGAGGAGUGUGGCUGCCGGGAAGGAGAAGGCGAGCAGCUUUUUGAAUAGGGUUUAUGCGGAGAUGGAGGCUUUUAGGGAAGGGCAGCGGAAGAAGGCAGAGGAGGCGGCGAAGCAGAAGGAGGGGGAGCAACAGCAGGGGGAGAAGCAAGAGGGGGAGGGUACGCAAGGAGGGGGGCCGGGGUUCGCGGAUAGAGCGGGGGCGUUCGUGAGUGGUUGGGCGGCGUGGGGGAAAAGUAAAUGGUCUGGUGGUGGUGGUGGUGGUGGUGGUGGUGGUGCUGGCACUGCGUCCUCCUCAACCUCCGAAGCCAACAACGCCCCAAGCAGCAGCAACGGCUCAUCAAGUACAGCAGGGGGCUGGACCUCCUGGGGAAGAGGGCACAAAUCUCGACCUUCAUCUGCCUCCCUUCUCCCCCGCCGAAGUCAAGAUACCGUCCGCGAGCGUAGCGAACGCGACAGUGAAGACCGAGAGCUUACCGACAAGGAAAGGAAACACCUCUCCGGAGGAGUGACAUCCCCCUCUUCAUUCUUUACCUCCUUCAUCGGAAGGAUUGCGACGCCCACAAGAGAGUCGUUUGAGAUAUCUCGUCCUGGCACAGGGACCGGAUCUGGGUCUGGAUCCAGGGAGGUCCUUUUCGAUGAUCAUGCUGCUGCAUCGUCAUCAUCACGACCGGCGUCUCCUACAAAGAAAAACUCUGUUACGGAGAAGGCGAAGGAGAAGGAGAAGGAAAAGCUAACUGUUCCGGAUAAUGACACCGCAGAGACGGAGAGCUUUAAGAGCGCGCAGGAGGGGGUGUUGACGGAUAAGGAAGAUGAUUCGGAGGGGUAUGAACGGGUGCCGAGUCAGGUGUCGGGGUUUUGGGAAGUUGGGGGAAAGUACGCGACGGGGAAGAAGGGUGAGGAGGCGGAGGGGACGUUGGGAGAGGAGGAGAGUAGGGUUUGGGGGAGGUAG